UUCGAAGACAACCAAGCAGCCUCAUGAGCACAUUGACGAGCGCCGAUAUGGGCGAGCUCAAGCGCCCGUCCACGCGACUUCACGCGCCUCCUGGUGGCAACUCCAGCUGGAGCUUCAACGACAAUACGCCUCCGUCGCCACCGAAGGCGAAGUUUAACCCCCGCGCCAGCGCCUCCAACACCACGAGCGAGAGCUCGCCCUUUGGUGCCCCGCCGGCCCCCGUGCCCGUCGUUGCGGCAUCCGCGCCUCCCUCGGAAGUUGCAUCGACUACAUCGCGUAUUGCUGUCUCCGUCCGCGUCGCGGUCGUCAAGACCAAGGCUGAUGACGCUCUUGUCGACGAGUUCGUCGCCAACUUUCUCAAGGAGCUUACGCCUGACGUCUUCCACGAAGUCGUCGCCGUGCCGUCGCUCGAAGAUCUCCCGUAUGCUGCCAACAAGCUUGCUCUCAACGGCGGUUUUGACGCCGUCGUGUGCUUUGGCUUCCUCAACGCGGCCGAUGCGCUGUUUCAGUCGACGGCCACGACCGUGACGCAAGCUCUCAUCCAGAUCAGCAUCGCCACCGUCAAGCCGAUCGUUCGCGCGCUUUUCAUUGGUGAGCCGCGCGUUGCGUCUGUCAAGGCCAAGAGCGGCUGGGGUGUUGACUUCGCCCACAGCAUCGAAGGUCUCGUGCAUCUUGGUGGCUUCGUGUCGCACCCCUUCCGUGGCAAUGAAAUCCCAAACGGCAACCACCACGCUGCGCCUAAGGUGGUUAAGAAGACGGAUAAGGUUGUCAGCACGGGCAACGCUGUCUCGAAGGCCGUGAAGAACGCGCCUCGCGCCGUCACCGAUACCCUUGCCGCACUUCGCCAGACUCUCUAUGAACACGGCGCUCGCGGUAUUGUCGGCUUGGGCCGCAAGUUCCGCAUCAUUGACGACGAUGGCAGCAAGACGCUCGACAUUAACGAGUUCAAGAAGGCUAUUGCCGAACACGCCAUGAACCUCACCGAUAAGGAAAUCACCGAUUUGUUCGAGUUUUUCGACGACGACAAGUCGGGCAACCUCAGCUAUGACGAGUUCCUCGUCGGCCUUCGUGGCGAGUUGAACGAGCGCCGGAAGCAAAUGGUGCUUCUCGCCUUCACGGUCAUCGAUGCUAACGGCAACGGGAUUGUCGAGCUCGACGAUAUUGUCGCCAAGUACAAUGCCGAUCAGCACCCGGACGUCAUCUCUGGGCGCAAGACGAAGAACGAGAUCUUCCGCGACUUUCUCGACACGUUUGACGGUGGCGAGAAGGACGGGAAAGUGACGCCCGACGAGUUCAUUCGGUACUACGCCAACGUUAGCGCGUCCAUUGAUGACGACGACUACUUUGAGCUCAUGAUCCGCAAUGCGUGGCACAUUUCUGGCGGCGAGGGCUGGUGCGCCAACUCGACGUGCCGCCGCGUCCUCGUGACGCACCCGGACGGGACGCAGACAGUCGAGGAGGUCAAGAACGACAUUGGCAUCUCGGCGACCGACAAGGCUGCGAUCAACGCCAACCUGGCUGCGCAAGGCAUCAACGCCAGCGGCUUCGAGACCUCUGGCUAUGUCGAGAACACGUCCAAGCCCAAGGGCGACUUCCAACCCAAGUUUGCUGGCAAGAAGCAGCAGCACGGCGCUGGCGAGUCCUCCAUUGUGUUCGGCUAAGGCACUCCUUGUGCAGUACUAGUACUAAGGGCACCACUCCCACCCUUAUAGUACAGUAUUAUGAAACGUUGAAUCAAACACCUUGUUGCGGUCAGUUGUG